GAUUUAACAUCUUACUUGAUUUCAAUAAACCUACAUCCAACAUGCCAAAGAAAAAAGGAAGAAGAUCCGUCAAAGUUUUGGCUCCCUUGUUUAACUCCUCCAUCCUGGCUGAGCUCGAUCAACAGCAAGAAACGGUGAAGGAAAAUAUUAACAGGUAUUUCCAAUCUAUGCAGGGAAAAGAACUCACAAAAAAUCCAAACUCUGAUGAUAAUGGUAUGAGAACAGCAAAGUCUAAUGUUGGUACCUCUGAUGAAGACUCAGUUAAGUCUAAUACUGUCGCACAAGAUAUUUCUGAUGGAGCUGAAAUGGAAUCAACUAAUUUACAAACCAAUUGUGAAAGUGGUUUAACUGAUAUUAAUGCUAAUAUCAUCAUACCUGUCAAUCAAACUUCCCAGCAAAUUAAUUUCGAUAUUUCGAAUGGAAAUGGCGAGAAGUUAAGUUCAACAAAUUUAAAUGACAACGAAGCUGAAAAAAUUGAUGAAACCAGAAAUUCAUCUGCGGAAAAAAUGGUGAAUAACAGUCCAGAAAAAAUGGAUUUGCAACAAAAUAUUGAAAUCUCUGAAACUGGUCACAAAGAAAGACAAAGGAAAAGUAUGAGAAAAAGAAGAUUAUUUUCAAAUGAAUUAGUUGAGCCCGAAUUAGAUGCCACAGGUUCGUCUAAAAGAAGAAAAACUAUGUUCAAGCAAACUAAAACCAAGGAAACACUUACAGGAAUGGGUAAUAGGCAGCAGCGACGAAAAACUGUUCAACCAAAAAUAAAGGCUCCCGCAAGUUUAACAACGAGUGGGAAAAAAGCUGGAACAAAAAGAAUGGAAAAUGCUGAAAAAUCUUCAGCAAAUGUUGAAUCUGGCAAUAAUACUGUUUUUGUAUCUAAUAAUGUGGUCAAUGGUGAUACAUUGGGCACAGAAAGAGAUAGAACAUCUACGGUUGAAAAAAGUGGGGUGAUGGCAGAUUCAAAUGGACAUAAUGUUAUAAAUAAUCAACAUAGUUCAACUGGUGUUUCUUUACAGAAUAAUUCUGAAAAUGUUGCACCAACUAAAUCAACUCAAAAGAAAAAAUCUACCACAAAGAAAACGACAAAAGUUGACCCAAAAUUAAAGAAAAAAGCUCUUGGAGCAAAUAGGGAGGUUCUGCAUGAUAAUAGUGGUGAUGGAGUCAGUGGUAGUGAUGAUGAUAUGAGUUUUACAAUUGGAGCAAGGGAUCAUAGCCAGCAUUGGAAGACUCUACAUCAAGUUACAUCUUUGUUGAAAGAACCGAUUAUGUUUAGUGGAAUCAUUCGCCAUCAUUAUAUAAGACACAAGGUAGAAGAUGGCGUGAAUGACGCUGUGGUUGGUAAGGUUGUUUCUAAGUAUAAUAAACUUUUAUUGAAGCACCACCAUAGCAAUGGUUUAUCGGAUCGUGAAAAAGUUAAAAUUGUCGGAAAUCUGGAUCGAAUCCAGCGAGGGAGUAACGGGAGUUGUAAUCUUGAUUUUUGGGAAGCAGCAACUCAGGAUCUUAAGUUCACCCCACCGCAAGAACCCCCAUCUCACUUAAUGUUGAGCAAAGUUCAAUACAAGAGAUAUAUAGAACUGGUAUCAAGAAUAACUGACAAGCAGAAGAAAAGAGAAGUUUCAAUCUUAAAGUUAAACAGACUUAUAACUCUGGCUAAUGAGUUGGACCAUCUCAAAAAGCUUGACCUUAAAUUUAAUGAUAAAGACCCAAUAAACAGAAAAGAACAUUUUGCUAAGAUAAGAUCAGCUGCUGAUGAUGCAAAAGUUAUUUUGAACCUGAUAUCUUGUUAGUUAUUAUUACCAAGUUAUAUAUAUCGUUUUGGGCGACAUUUUACUAACUUAGUGUUUUUUGUAGAAUAAAAACCAGUAAAGUAUGUCAUAUUUUCAAAGUGCUACAAUGUUCAUUAUUACACAAGCAAAACUAUUGUUUCAUCAUAGUUAUGUCCUGUGUGAGUGAAAUAAUACCUUUAGUCACAGAGGUUCAAAACUUCAAAUUACAUUUUAACUUUUUCUUUAUGUUUUUUUUUCACAUUUCUAGUGAUAUCUACAAUUUUUUCCUGCCAGGUGUAUUAUAUAAUAUACUUGUAUUUUGUCACUUAGCAAAAUCCUUGUUGGAAAAGCCGAAGUACAAUUAGAUGUAUUUCUAGUAGGCUGUAAUGUAAUAUAUAUUUCUGCUGCCAACUUACAAUUUUUGUUUUGUAUUUUAUUUUAAGUUUAUUU